AAACCCAGAAGGAUCUGGAAGAAAUAAAAAGAAGAAGAAGAAGAAGAAGAAGAAAGAGAUCCUUUUUAUUUUUCAUUUUUCUAAUUUUCUCACACGACAAUUCUCCUCCUUUCGUAUAUACUACACAAAAACCCUUUUCUCUCUUUUUUUUUUUCUUCUUUUCUUCAUCUUCUUCAAAUUUCAAAACUCUCAAAUUCCUCAUCCUCAUCGCUAACAUUUUCCUGUGCUUAUCUAAUCUGCUGUCGAACAAGACUCAAAAAGGGAAUACAAGUUAAAGGAAUCAGCCAUGGAAGAAGCAGCUGCGACGAGGUAUUGGUGUCACAGGUGUUCUCAAACUGUGGAUCCAGUUAUGGAAGCUGAGAUCAAAUGCCCCUUUUGUCAUAGUGGCUUUGUUGAAGAGAUGGCAGACGACGAUCCUGAUUCUUCUGAUCCAGCUGAUGCUAGAGCUAACAAUUCUCUUUGGGCUCCUAUCUUGAUGGAACUUAUGACUGAUCCUGUGCGCCGCAGAAGGAACCAGAGUGUUGAGUCUGUCGAAGACAAUCAGAACGAGGGUAACGAAACUGGGAACAACAGCGGUGGAGAGACCGAUUUGGACUCGCAGCUUCAAGAGAUUCUUAGGAGAAGGAGAAGACAUUCCGCUGCUGUUUUGCAGUUGCUUCAGGGGAUAAGAGCAGGGCUGUCUCUAGAAUCUGAGACUACUGGGAAUGGUGAUAAUAGUGAUAACAAUCCGGCAAGGGUGAUCUUGAUCAAUCCUGCCAAUCAAACCAUCACGGUUCAAACCUCUGCUGAUACGGAUUCUGUAGCUGCUGGUUCUUUAGGUGACUAUUUCAUUGGUCCUGGAUUCGAGAUGUUGCUUCAGCGCCUAGCUGAGAAUGAUCCCAACAGAUAUGGAACACCUCCAGCUAAAAAAGAAGCUGUUGAGGCUUUGGCAACGGUGAAAAUCGAAGAGACACUACAAUGUUCUGUUUGUUUAGAUGAUUUUGAGAUUGGAACUGAGGCAAAGUUGAUGCCGUGUAAGCACAAGUUUCAUGUUGACUGCUUGCUCCCGUGGCUUGAGCUUCACAGUUCAUGCCCGGUUUGUAGAUAUCAGUUGCCUGCAGAUGAACCAAAGACUGAUUCAGCAGCAGUAACAACAAGUGAUAACAAUGGAGGCAGUAGUUCCUCUGCUGCAAUCAGCCAUGGAACUGGGAACAGCGAUGGGAAUGACCGAGAAGAAGAAGAAGAAGAGGAGGAUGAAAGCGAGGAGGAAAAUAACACGGAAAUUGGAUUCUCUAUCCCGUGGCCUUUUAGCACCUUGUUCUCAUCGUCCCAAGAUAGCAAUGCAUCAACUGAUUCGAGUUAAAAAAAAAAAAAAACAGGUCCCCUGAAGCAACAUAAGCUUUUUUUGGUGUGACCAUGAAAUUUCGGUUUGACCCUAAUCUGAUCUUUUGUCUGUACAUAAGUUUCUCAGAUUUGGUCGAAUGCUACAUCCUCGGAAAACAAAAAUCUUUCUAUAUGUGUUUUUUGGUUGUUUUGAACAUAUCUUUUGCCGGAAGGCGGAUUCUGUAAGUUGCUUAUAUGGUUCUUUGGUUGUCUCAACUCUCAACUAAGGCACCUUUUCAA